CGGGCGAUUAGGCACUGAGAACCUCGACGAGGGACUAGAGCCACGCGGAAAGCACACCCUGAUGUUGUGGCUAUACUGUUUGACGCUGGCGCUCGUGCAACCUCUGCGAAGGACUACCUCACAAGGACACAACCUCAGAUGCCAGGCAUCAUUCGCUAGUUCUUUGACUAUGGCCUGGAUCCUAAUGCGUCCCUAUCUAACGGCGAACCUUUGCUAUAGUAAAUUGGCCAUUCAAGGAGCCAAAUAUUCAAAGCUGACUUCUAGGAACAGCAUUUUACGAAACCCUGCAUUCGCCCGCGGAUUUCUCUUGCGAGGCGCUUACCUAGACUGGUGCAGCCCUAGGGCGAGGUUCCCCUUCGCGACUAGAGAGUCCCCCCUCGCCCGUGCCCUUAAGAGCGUCAAUGAAGAAGAUUUAUCUAUGGUUAUGCUACUUCUUGCAUAUAGUGCUAAUCUAGAAUCACCUCUCCUCUUUAGAGUUAUAGCUCGGCGCAUAUUAGGCACUCGUCUACACCACGCUAUUGAAUUUAGCCUAACGAACAUUAUCAAAGCGCUACUAGACGCGGGCGCAGACCGCACGGCUCGACCAGCGGGCACGCUAUACCAUAACGAGUCCCCCUUGCAAUUGGCUGAGAGGUCACAACAUCCUGCGAAACAGGCUACGCUUGAUAUCCCUUGGUCCUAG